GUGAUUACAAAAGACCUGCGUGUAUCUCCUGGGAAGAAAAGUGUCAUGUUACUUCAGCAAAUAGAAGACAAAUGAAUGUCCCACCUCAUAUUGACAUCUUCUGUAAUCAUGGAAAUUCCCUGCGAGGCUCUGUGCACUAUUUAAUCCCAGUCACAGAAGAUCCUGACAGAAUCCAGAGUCCAGACUCCAGAGAGAGAGAAGACUGAAGAGCAGACAGCAACGUCACAAACAGUCUCCACCUUAUAAAUUUUGGAAGCAGAGAGCCUGAGGCAUCAGCAGUGAAACAGUCAAAUCAAGAUGACUACAUCCGCAGCAAAGCAGAAGGAGAUCUACAACCAGCUGGGUUUUCUCUCCGCACUGACUGUGUUGAAUGAGACGGAGCUGAGAGAGGCCAGACAUGCCUUUUCUGAGCUGGAGAGGGAAUUUGGUGAAGAAUACACCGGGUACAGCCUCCACAAUGUUCACCUUCAGUAUCCUUGGGUGAUGGGUCUGACCAAACACCCUCGAAUCCUAGAAGUGGUCAAAGCCGUCCUGGGUCUCGACGUCAUCCUGCUUGACUCCCGCUUCAUCUGCAAAUACCCGACACUCGAACCCGCCAACAUCCUGGAGAAUGAAGUGGGAGAAACUAAACCUGAAGGGAACGUUGGAGAGAAUUUGCUCCCAUACGUGGCCUGGCAUCAGGAUAUGAGGUAUUGGGGUAUUGCUGGUGGCCCUGUUCUCUCAGUGUGGCUCGCUUUAGAUGACUCACAGAAGGAAAACGGAGCCCUUCGGGUCAUCCCAGGCAGCCACUGCUCUGGCAUGUUGCCCCAUCGCCAAGCCACCCGCCGCGGAAACAUGCUGUCAGUCAACCAGGAGAUCCCAGAGGAGCUGGUGAACGUUGAUGAAGCUUUGCUUUGUCCACUUUUGGCUGGACAGAUGUCUAUCCACGAUGGGCUCCUCGUCCAUGCCAGUGAUGCCAACACAUCCCCGAUGAGACGCUGUGGCUUUGUGAUCCGUUACGUUUCCACCUGUGCUUACCCCAUACAGGAUCCAGACCGUCCCAGGAAAUUUCACGCCACAACUUUGGCCUGUGGAGAAGAUCGUUUCAACCAUUUCUCCGACAAAAGCACAUGAAUACUUCCGGGAUUCUUCCUUUUUGCAAGAAUGAUUACUUCUUUGAAAUGUCUCUUUGUAUACUUUAUAUAUAUACUUUAUAUAUGAAUGCCAAAAUAUAUCAAAAAUAAGUAAACAUUUCUAUGUUAUAGUUUGUUCCAUAUUUUGUGGUAUUUUAAACAUUAUGAAUUUGAAAAAAUGCUGUUUUAUCAUUCAGGAAAAAGUGAACAUUGUCAAUUAUAGAUUUAACAGGACUUUUCCAUAAAGCUUUAAAAUAAAUGCCAAAAUAACCGUGACAACGAAUUUCUGUUGUGUUUUUUCCCUGUUCAUCUACAUUGCACAAAACAAUAAGGAGUGAUAUACAGCUUUACAACCUAAAUAUCAAUAAAGUAUCGAUAUAUGAACCAUG